AAAAUGUCUGCCAGAAAAACAGCCGGUCGUCGUGCAACGACUAAAAAACGUGCUCAGCGUGCAACAUCAAAUGUAUUUGCGAUGUUUGACCAGGCUCAAAUCGCUGAAUUUAAAGAAGCAUUUAAUAUGAUUGAUCAUAAUCAUGACGGAUUUAUUGACAAAGAAGACCUUCAUGAUAUGCUUGCAUCUUUAGGAAAAAGUCCUACUGAUGAAUAUCUCGAAGGCAUGAUGAAUGAAGCACCUGGUCCUAUUAAUUUUACAAUGUUUUUAACAUUAUUUGGUGAAAGACUUCAGGGAACAGACCCAGAAGAUGUUAUUAAAAAUGCAUUUGGUUGUUUUGAUGAAGAAAACAACGGACAUAUUAAUGAAGAACGUCUUCGUGAGCUUCUGACAACAAUGGGAGAUCGGUUCACUGAUGACGAUGUCGAUGAAAUGUACCGUGAAGCCCCGAUAAAAGGAUCAAUGUUUGAUUACAUUGAGUUUACUAGGAUUCUGAAACACGGAGCAAAAGACAAGGAUGAACAGUAAAAAUAUAAAAAUAAUAAUUCAAGAUAUUAACUAUUUAUCUUUUUAACUUUUUUUUCAAGUAUUUAUGAAUUGAUAAUUAUUUCCAUGAGUUUAAACUCUGAUCGUAUGGUUUUAAUGUGAAAAAACACGUAUGCAAAGAAAA